GAAAAAACAAAAGAGAAAGUCUUCCCUUUCAGUCCAUGGUUCGUCCUUUACUACCGAGAGAGAUAAACCAUCUGUCUCUCCUCUUCUUGUUCACUCUUACAAACUCCUCUCCCCGCAAAAAAAAAACAAUAUCUUCUUCUUCUUCUUCUUUCUCCCGUGGCGUCUCUUCCUCCGUGCAUUAAAAAAAACUUCAAAUUUCGUCCAUAUAAGCGUUUAGGGAAUCUAUAUUAGGUAAGAAGAUGGCUGCUGUUUUAAGAAAGUUACUACCUUUAGCAUCACCACCGACUCCUAAAAAGGAUGAUCACGAGAGCAGUGACGAUAGCAAUAGUUUUCAGAUUGAUUACUCAUUCGCCAACGAGUACAAAGGUCCUCUUAUCGCUAAUCUCCCACGAGCUGAUCCCGUCGAAAUCGAUCAGAUUCCCACCGCUCUUCCCGUUUCCUUCUCUUCCUUGUCCCGUGGUGUCUCUUACCCUGUGGUCCAACCUCUCGUUAAGGUCACCAAGAAGAAGAAGAAGAACGGUUUCGUUGACUCUGCAGCUUGUCCUAGCGUUGUCUUAAAGCCGCAUCACGUGGUUUCUGGCUCAUCCGCAUCAUCAUCAGCAGAUGAUUUAAGAGUUGUGGAUGUGGAGGACUCUGAUGGUGAGGAUUCUUCCAUUGGAGGAAACGGGAACCGUGUGAGAUUCGUUGUACCACCAAGUCAAGGCAGUGAAGGCGAUGAGAGCUCUUACUAUUACGACGGAGAAGAGAGUGUAACUCCAACGCCUAGAGCUGAGAGAAAAGGUAAGAAAGGGUCGUGCUACCGAUGCCUGAUGGGGAACCGAUUCACUGAGAAGGAGGUCUGCAUUGUCUGCCACGCCAAGUAUUGUUUCAACUGCGUGCGGCGCGCUAUGGGUGCCAUGCCUGAAGGAAGGAAGUGUGUGUCUUGUAUUGGUCUCGGUAUCGAUGAGUCCAAUAGAAGGAGCCUUGGGAAGUGUUCGAGAAUGCUGAAGCGUGUGCUCACGGAUUCGGAGCUUAAACAAGUGAUGAGCGAUGAGAUGUCCUGCAGGGCGAAUCAGAUGCCUUCGCGGCUUAUCGCUGUUAAUGGAAAGCCUUUGAAUGAAGAUGAGCUUUUCAUGUUGCAGAAUUGUCCACAUCCGCCUAAAAAGCUUAAACCUGGGGACUAUUGGUAUGAUAAGGUUGCUGGAUACUGGGGCAAGGUAGGAGAGAAACCUUGCCAUAUUAUAAGUCCUGAUAUGAAAAUAGGAGGCAGUAACAUCAAGAAGGAAGCAAGCAAUGGUGACACUGAGAUUUGUAUUAAUAACCGGGAAAUAACUAAGACAGAGCUCAUGAUGCUCAAGGUGGCUGGUGUGCACUGUGAAGGAAAGCCUCAUUUUUGGGUCAAUCCAGAUGGAACAUACUUAGAAGAAGGUCAGAACCGUGUCCUUGGGAACAUUUGGAGUAAGAAUAGAGCUAAGCUUGCUUGUGCUAUGUUCUCUCUGCCAUUUCUUCCGACUUCAUCUGCAGUAGAGCCAAAUGUUGAGCCCAUAUCUAAUAUGAAAAGGCUUAACAAGCUUCUUCUUAUCGGUAACGACACAUGUGGUGCCACUACUAUUUACAAACAAGCAAGGUCUCUCUAUGGAAUCCCAUUCUCUGAAGACGAUCGUGAAAGAAUCAAAUUCAUAAUCCAAACAAAUCUAUAUGCUUAUCUGGCCAUGGUUCUUGAGGCACACAAAAGAUUUGAAGAAGAGAUGAACAAUAAUCACUACACUGACCAAACAGGAGAUGCGAUCACUGCUAUAACUGUUAGCUCAAUCAGUCCGAGACUAAAACAUUUUGCAGAUUGGCUUCUGAAAGAAAAGGAAGACGGAAACCUCAUGAUAUUUCCAGCAUCAAGCCGAGAGAAUGCACAAACCGUUGCAGAUCUAUGGAGAGUGCCAGCCAUUCAAGACACUUACAAGCUACUUCGUGAUACAUUUCCUAGAAACGCUGUUUAUUUUCUUGAACGAAUUCUUGAGGUCUCGAGAUCAGAGUAUGAACCUUCUGAUAUGGACAUAUUGCAAGCGGAAGGACUCUCUUCUAUGGAAGGACUUUCUUGUGUGGAUUUCUCAUUCCCAUCAACUACUCAAGAAGUCUCUCUUGAUACCGAUGAUCAACAUGAUCCAAACAUGAAGUACCAACUCAUCAGGUUAAAUCCAAGAAGGCAUGGAGAAAACUGGAAAUGGCUGGAGAUGUUUGAAGAUGCUGACUUGGUGAUAUUCUGCGUCUCCCUAACAGAUUAUGGAGACUACAUAGAAGACGGUGCUGGUGUUCUUGUGAACAAGAUGAUAGCCAACAAGCAACUCUUCGAGAGAAUGGUGACUCACCCUAGCCUAGCUAACAAAAGGUUCCUUCUAGUUCUUACCAAAUUCGAUCUCUUAGAAGAGAAAAUCGAAGAGGUUCCUCUAAGAACAUGUGAGUGGUUCAAAGACUUCAACCCGUUGAUAAGCCAGAACCAGACGAGCAGACAUAACCCUCCAAUGGCUCAGCGUGCUUUUCAUUACGUCGGAUAUCAGUUCAAGAGACUGCAUGACUCACUUGUGGGACCCUUCUCGAUGCGUGGAAGGACGUUUAGACCGAAGCUGUUUGUUUCUCAAGUGAGUUUGGAGAGUGAUACUGUGGACAAUGCAAUGAAGUAUGCGAGAGAGAUUCUCAAGUGGCAUGUUGAAGAGACGUCUAUGAUCCAAGAAACGUCUACUAUUAGCAUCGAUGCCAGCUUAUCCUCUUGAUUCUUUUUAUUUUUGUGGAAUGUAUUAUACCAUGUUUGUUUGCAUGAUAUGUGCGUGUGUACAAUAGUUAAUCUUCAAGCGUAGGAGAAGAAAUAUAAAUGUAAUUUGAUUUUUCUGAAGAAGAAAAUGAGAAAUAAAGUGAUUACAGUUGGGAAAUUCA